CCUCCCCCCUGCGCGUAACGUGUGAGCAGGCUCCACCACUGCCUCCUAUAAACAUGUUGUUGACGCCACAGCCGGUCAGAGAUACAUGGUCGGCCUGCACUGUCCCCUCUGGCGCGCUCUAGGACAACAGCAUGUUUGCAGAUAGGCGACGGCUGCUGCUGCGAGCUGAGCUGAGCAUCGGUGCCUUUAAAGCCUUGUGAGUGCGCCUCUGCCAGAGCCCGCACUCAACUUCCCACAAGUACAGAGCUACCUUAACCAGAAAGGCUUUGGCUCACCUACACAGCAAGACUGAUGGAAUACUAACUAUGGAAUACCACUGGAUACUGCUGUUUGUUUUUUUACAGCUAACCUUCCCUUCAGGCAACACCAAGCCCUCCAUCAUUCCAGCUACGUCCCAACUUGUGGUGCAGUUCAACAAAGCCUUCGAGCUGCAUUGCUUGAGUGAUAACAAGACAUACUGGAGGCGAGAGGAACGACCAAAACCAAUGAGAGCAAAGCAGACCAAUGGGAAGCUGACGGUGCUUGUUCCAAGAGCUUUCCCUUCAUCAAUGGGCCGCUACAUCUGUGUGGACGAGGGCACCAAGGAGCAAGCGUCCAUCUACGUCUUUGUGAAGGAUCCCGAUAAUCCUUUCAGACAAUCAUUGGUGAACAAAAUUCUCACUCGUGAGGGGGACGCGGCUUCCAUCCCCUGCCGAGCAACAGAUCCAAGUCUCAGCAAUCUGAUCCUGGAAACAUGUUCCGGAAGACCCCUGGACUCCAGCCUCCAGUUCACUGCAGACCUGGAGCGAGGCAUCCUCAUCAACAUCGCGAGAAAGGCUCAUGCAGGGUGCUACGUGUGCACAGGGACACUCCAUGGAAAGAGCGUGAAAUCGCAGCAGUACUAUCUGACAGUCAAACCAGUGCCUAAUGAGCCUCCCAUGGUCGAGAUGCAUCAGCCUACACAAGUGAUUCGGACGCGCAAUCAGACUCUGUCUCUCACCUGCAACACCACUAAUGUCAAUGGAGAGAUCGCCUUGAAUUGGACCGUCCCACCUGGCUCGGGUGCCGUCUGGUAUCCACAGCAACCAGCAAAGGUUGAUGGCACUUCACGUAUCCAGACGGAGGAUUUCACUCACACGCGCAGCUCCACGUUGCACAUUGCAGCGGUGCGGCCUGAAGACUCAGGGAGCUACAAAUGUGAAGCCAGGAACGAAAAAGGAGUCAGCACAAAGUCGGUGUGGCUCGAAGUUUACGAGAGAGGAUUCAUCAGCUUGACUCCUACAGUCAACAGGACAUUCCAUGUCCGCGCCGGCGAGAGUUUGUCUCUGAAAGUCAGCAUGCACGCAUACCCGAGCCCGCACACCAUCUCCUGGAGCUUCAAGAACCAUGAACUGAAGAACACGAGUGACCAUGUCAUCAGCACGACAAACAGCAAUGGAUACAGUUACAGCAGUGAGCUGCGGCUGGUCCGGCUCAAAAUGCCAGAGGGUGGUGUUUAUACCUUUCAAGCCUCCAAUGGUGACGCAUCAGUAAAUGAGACCUUCACCAUCUAUGUGAUCAGUAAACCAGAGAUUGUUUACCAUGAAGGUCCGGUGGAUGGGCGUGUGCACUGUAGAGCUGAGGGCUUCCCUGCUCCCCAGAUCAAGUGGUAUUACUGUGAGAAAACACAUGUCAGGUGCUCCAAGCAAGUGAACGCCACCCAAGAAAAAAAGAACGUCGUCACCGUCACAUUAUCCAGCUCCAAAUUUGGGAUGCAAGGGGUGGAGAGUUGGGUGAACAUCAGCAGGGGACGGUUCAACUUCCUGGAGUGUUUGGCUACAGGAAGUGACGAAUGGGAUCAAGACUUCUUACUCUUUUCUAUCAACGAGAGAAGUACUCCCCAUGAGCUCUUCACGCCUCUGUUAAUUUGCACAGUGUCUGCAGCAAGCAUCCUCUGCCUGAUCCUCAUUGUGCUGUUCUACAAGUACAUGCAGAAACCCAAAUACCAGAUUCAGUGGAAAGUCAUCGAUGGCAUCUCUGGGAACAGCUACGUGUACAUUGACCCCACACAGCUGCCGUACGAUCACCAGUGGGAGUUUCCAAGAAACAACCUGCGUUUUGGGAAGACACUGGGAUCUGGUGCGUUUGGAAAAGUGGUGGAAGCCACAGCGUACGGGCUCUCCAGGACAGACUCAGUCAUGACCGUUGCUGUGAAAAUGCUUAAAGCGAGUGCUCACGCCACAGAGAAGGAGGCUCUGAUGUCAGAGCUGAAGGUCCUCAGUUACUUAGGAAACCACAUGAAUAUCGUCAACCUGCUGGGGGCCUGCACAGUUGGAGGCCCCACACUGGUGAUCACAGAGUACUGCUGCUUUGGAGACCUUCUCAACUUUCUACGCAGGAAGAGAGAGUCUUUUAUCAACUUUAAGCUUGAGGAGGACUCCUACUACCGCAACAUCAGCCAACAGAUAGUUAGAGAUGGCGACAGCUUGAACGGCUACAUGACCAUGAAGCCUUCUAGUGCUGGCAACACGCCGCUCAGCCCAUCCCCGGAGAGGAGACGCUCUCUGCGCAAAGAUGGGGAUGCAGAUGAAGAGUGUGAGCUGUUUGGUGGAGACGGGUUGGCCCUCGACACUGAAGAUCUUCUCAGUUUCUCCUAUCAAGUGGCUAAAGGCAUGGAGUUCUUAGCUUCAAAAAACUGUAUUCACAGAGAUCUUGCUGCCAGAAACAUCCUGUUAACUCAAGGAAAAGUGGCCAAAAUCUGUGAUUUUGGCCUCGCCCGUGACAUCACCACAGACUCCAACUAUGUGGUCAAAGGCAACGCCCGUCUGCCGGUGAAAUGGAUGUCCCCAGAAAGUAUCUUUGAGUGUGUGUACACAUUCGAGAGUGACGUGUGGUCCUAUGGAAUCCUGCUGUGGGAAAUCUUCUCUCUGGGAAACAGCCCGUAUCCUGGUAUGCCGGUGGAUGCCAAGUUCUACAAACAGAUAAAAGAGGGUUACAGAAUGGGGGCUCCAGAGUUUGCACCCAGUGAAAUGUAUGAGGUUAUGAGCUCCUGCUGGAAGGCUGAGCCCUUCAACAGACCCCCCUUCAGAAAGAUUGUGGAGAGCAUUGAGCAGCAGCUGACAGGCUCCACUAAGCAUAUUUAUCUGAACUUCAGCUCCAGCCUCCCUGUGAUGUUUGGAGCCAGGAAUGAGCCCAGUUCUCAGAGCCCAGCAUUUCAAAGUCUCAACUCAGUCAGCAAUCACAACAAUCCCACACAGCCCUUACUGCUCCAGCAUGAGGUCUUCUUGGAGGGAACAGCCCUGGAAGCCCAGUGGGUGUAGGGACCCACCAAACAUGGUUGACUGCCUCGCAAAGUGCCUGUUAUGUUCUGCCACAAACCGCUCAACCACUACAGGAAUCCACCACCCUAACAUGAGGAACAGGGGUCUUCUAUCACCGCCGUAAUCGCUGUGGCUUAACAGGAAGACUGUGAAGGACAAACAAACAGCUUUUUCUCUCUUCCUGCUGAGCACAGGGACGACACUCAGACUAACGCUCCCCUGAUCCUCACAGAGAACGCUCAAGACACCAAGGAGGGUGGAGUACGUGCUACAUUUAUUUAUCACUGUCAAAGUAUAUUGUUUCUCUUUUUUUUUUUCUCCAGCUACAUGCUCCCACAUUUUUCAUAAGGAUGUUUUUUGGCAGUCCGUCUGCAACAGAGUUAUUUUUUCUGAUUGUUUUAUUUUUCUUUUCUUUUUACGUUUUGUUUUUUUGGUUAUUUUUUGCUCUUGUUCUAUCAUGGGAACUUAAGUAGCAUUUUCAGUUUGGCUGGUUGUUGGAGGAUGAAAAAAAGCACUUGAGGCACUUGAACUUUACAUUAUCUCAUACACCACGUAGUGCACCUUUUUAUUUAAUUUUUCUCUUCUUGUUUCUUUUGUUUUUUGUUCAUGAUAACGGUAUUAUAUCCAAAGGUUCAGACCAGUGCUGUGUAGUGGAUACUUUUUUGGGGGCCAAUUUACAUUGUGGUAUGGAAAUACUAAUGCAUAAGCUAUUAGACAGCACGGUCAAUCAUUGGUCUGUAUGUGCUUCAAUGUGAUUUUUUUAUGUUGAGUGUCACUAACUAGAGAGCAAAUUGAUGUCUGGACCUUGUUAAUACACAUUUUUACUCCAUACACACAGUUGUCUUCAGAUAUGAAGUUUCAAUACUGUACGGUACGCUAGCUUUUAUUUAUAUUUACUUAUAUCCCACCCAUCUUCAACAACUAGACGUGAAGCGCAAGAGUUAAAAUAUUUCAUUGGAAAACUAUUUCAGCUUUUAAACCAUCAUUUUUUCUUGUGAAAAAAAAUUCUGAUGGAAAAAGUCUUGAGUGAUUUCAUUAAGAAGAAAUACCCCAGACUGCCAAUAUUUUUUAAGUCUUAAAAAAAUCUAUGUAAUUUAUUCACCUUCUUCAUGAACCAAGGUUAUGGAGUCGAAUCAGCGUCAGAUUAAAGCAAACAAAAAAAAAAAAAGAUUGAAAAUUUGAAAAAAAUCGACAUUGUAA